AGGUUCAGUUUUCUCAACAACCUGAAUUCACUUCACAAACCUUCAGAAUUUCUUGUAGCAUUCAUAACUUCUUAUUUCAUCUUCACGAAAGUUAAUUAUAAAUCUUGGCAUUUGAGGCAACAUUGUUUAAAAAUGGAUAUGGUUAUGAAGUUGGGAGCAGCAAGCCCAGUGGUGAUUUUCACCAAGAGUAGUUGUUGCAUUUCUCAUAGCAUCGAUACCUUAAUCCGUAGCUUUGGAGCAAACCCUACAGUUUACGAGCUCGAUACACAUCCAAAUGGGAUGAAAAUGGAGAAGGCAUUGAUUGAACUAGGGUGUCAACCAAGUGUGCCAGCAAUAUUUAUAGGGAAUGAGUUUGUUGGUGGUGCAAAUGAGAUCAUGAGCCUUAAUGUGAGGGGCCAGCUCAAACAAUUGCUCAUAAGGGCUAAUGCCAUUUGGGUUUAGAAAUUAAUAAUUUGUAGCUAGCAAGUCUACUAGGAGUUUUGAUAAUAAACUUACCACUAAUAUAUAGUCUUCUAGCUUCGGAUGGCUGUUUUCUCUCACAUUUUGCUUCUUGAUGUAUUAAAAUAGUUAUACUUUGGUCAUAGCUAGUCUUUUCUUUUGGAAAUCUAGUGGUAAUUUUGCUUUGUUCACAGCUGAUAACAUGAAAUAAGUCAAUAACAAUGACUCAAUGAGCACGUUUAUGUA